AUGUCUGGCUGGGACAUAACCUCCCUGCCGGAUGAUUGCUAUGACGGCCUGGUAAAAUACUGCCAACCUUCUGCUAAUGCGACAAUGCCUGUUAGCACCAGAUUUCCUGCUACAUGCUCGCCAGCAUACUAUGACGCGACUUCCACCAGCGUAGUGGCCACUUCUACGCGAGUUACCCUACCGACGCAGUCUGGUAUUGCGAAGAAUUGCGAUGCAUACUAUAUGGUCAAAGGAAAUGAUACCUGCGCCAGUAUUGUCAAAACAUUCGGGAACUUCACUUUAACCCAGUUUUACACCUGGAAUCCGGCCAUCGGUACGGACUGCAAACACUUGGAUGUUGAUGAUGACGUCUGUGUCGGAGUCCCCGGUGCAUCUACGCCAACAUCCAGCGGCGCUACGAGCACUGCAACCAGCACCACCCCAUCACCCUUAAUGCCUGACACAGUUGCGGACUGUACGAAGUAUUACUAUGUUGUCGACGAAGACACCUGUGAAUCAAUUGAGAAAGCACACAAUAUUACAGCUGCUCAGUUCUCCGAGUGGAAUCCUUAUGUCUCGAAUGGGACCGACUGCCAACAUCUCUGGUUGCAUGAGUACAUUUGUGUUGAUGCUUCGGACUUCAGCAGAAGUACAGCAACGACCACCGUCACAACCAGCACCCAAACUUCUACAAGCACCAGUAGUGCACCCUCGCCUUUGAUGCCUAGCACAGUUGCCGACUGCACCAAAUAUUACUACGUUGUCUCAGAUGAUACCUGUGAAUCAAUUGAAGCGGCCUGGGAUAUCACAGCUUCUCAGUUCUCCACAUGGAAUCCGUAUGUCAUGAAUGGCACCGACUGCCAGCAUCUCUGGCUAGAUAACUAUGUCUGCGUUGAUGCUCCCGACCAAAGCGCUACAACCACUACAUCAGCCACGACUACGACCCAGACUGCUUCAAGCACCACUCCCUCCCCGCUCAUCCCCAGCACUGAUGCUAACUGCGCCAAGUACCACUAUGUGGUUGAGAACGAGGACUGUGAGUCCGUUGAAUCGGACUAUGGCAUCACUGCGGCCCAGGCUUGGCAGUCUGUGUUGCCUGGUGGUAUAUGA